AUGGUUUAUAGGCAGAGUGCUUCUGAUGAGAGCGAUGAUACCGAUGAUUCUGAAUAUGAUCUGAUCAUUCAUGAUCGGGCCGUGCAAGUUGCAAUUCUCUCCUUUCUAAAUCAAGCCAGCUUAUCUGAUCUCGCAUUUAUCGAAAAUGUAUCUGUCAACAAAGCUCGUUAUAUUUGUGAACUUAGGCCAUUUCAAUCAUGGACUGACGUGGUUGAGAAAUUUAAUCAAACAAGAUCGCUAAGUGACGAUAUUCUAUGGAAUUGCGGUGAUCUUUUAAAAAGACGAAAUAUAUUACAUAAAUUGCUAGAUAAAUGUGAAGAAUUAGCUGCCUUGGUUGAUUCACGUUCUUUUAAAUCUGAGGAAUGCGUCGACAAACAACCUGAAAUUCUUAAUAAUAAAUAUCAAUUAAAAAGUUACCAGUUGGUUGGCUUGAAUUGGAUGCUCCUCUUAUACAAAAAAGGAUUUAAUGGUAUCUUGGCUGAUGAAAUGGGAUUAGGAAAAACUAUACAAGUAAUCGCUUUUUUAUCCCAUCUCUAUCAAUUCGGAAUAACUGGUCCGCAUUUGAUCAUUGUACCUUCCUCAACACUUGAUAACUGGAAAAGAGAAUUAAAAAAUUGGUGCCCCAAAUUAAAAGUUGUAUUAUACUAUGGUUCACCUGAGGAACGAUUCGAAUUAAGAAUGGAUAUCGCUAGAAGAACUGUUAAACUUCAUAUUUUACUAACGACCUACCACAUGUGUUGUACGUCUCCAGAUGAUUUACAAUUGUUCAAAAAAGUAAAAUUCACGUAUGCUGUUUUUGAUGAAGCCCACAUGCUCAAGAACAUGAUGAGUAAGCGUUACAGAGCGCUUAUGAGAAUAAGGGCGCAGCGUAAACUCUUGUUAACUGGAACUCCAUUACAAAAUAACUUGCUCGAAUUAUUUUCAUUGUUAAGUUUUACUAUGCCAGAUAUUUUUCAUGAUACAAAAGAGUAUAUCUUAAACUUUUUCUCAACAUUUAAGAGAAAAUCUAAUUUUUCAAAACAGACUGAUGAUAAAUCAACAGUUCCAUUCGUUAAAGGACAAAUAGAACAAGCUAAAAAAAUUAUGAAACCAUUUGUAUUGCGUCGAUUAAAAUCAGAAGUUAUGAGUCAGUUGCCUAAAAAAGUUCAACUGAAAGAAUUAUGUAACAUGACAGAACGCCAAGAAGAACUUUAUAAGAAAUUAAUGAUAAAGUGUUCUACGGCAUAUAACUCAUCAGAUACUAGCAAAGCCCGAAAAAGUAUUCUCAUGGAUUUGCGCAAGAUGGCAAAUCAUCCGUCAUUACAUCGGAUCUAUUACAACGAUGAUAUGCUACGAGAAAUGGCUCAAAUUAUUGUAAAGGAACCUUCACACCAUGACGCUAAUAUUGAAUACGUCUUCGAAGAUAUGACUGUAAUGAACGAUUUUGAACUUCAUCAGUUAUGCAAUGAAUUUCAUGUUUUAUCAAAAUAUUUAAUGCCUCAAGAACUACUAUUUGAUUCUGGUAAAAUAAAGUGCUUGGAUAGGCUAUUACCACUGAUGAAAGAACGGGGUGAUCGAGUAUUACUCUUUAGUCAAUUCGUGAUGGUACUAGACAUAAUUGAAUGUUAUAUACAAUACCGUGGCUAUUCUUAUCUGAGGAUGGAUGGUCAAACCCCAAUCAAAGAUCGAUUGGAUCUCAUUGAUCAAUUUAACGACUCUGAAGCAGACAAGUUUAUUUUCUUACUCUCGACCAAAGCUAGUGGUCUAGGGAUUAAUUUAACAUCGGCCAAUGUUGUCAUUCUGCACGACAUUGAUUUUAACCCUCAUAAUGAUAAACAAGCUGAAGAUCGCUGUCAUCGAGUUGGACAAGAUAAGGAUGUGAUUGUGUAUCGGUUGAUCUGCCCGGACACUAUUGAUCAGACAAUGUUACAAUUUUGUGAUAAUAAACUCCAUCUUGAAAAAAGUGUUGAUGGGAAAGAAUCAGAGAAAGAUAAUGAAAGUAUGUAUACAAUGUUUAUAUCAUACUACUUGUUAAUAUCGAUUUGUACAUCAAAAUGA